AUGACGCUUGCCAAAACAAUCAAGCUAGCCAAACCAGCACGCAUCAUUCUCCUUGGGGCGCCCGGCGCCGGCAAAACCACCCAGUGCGCCAGGAUCUUGAACACUUUUGAUGGCUUCACCCUGCUCUCAUCUAAGCAAAUCUUCCGCACCGAGAUCGCCAGAGGCCUGCCCUUUAGCUCGUCGGUGAAGAAGCUCAUGGAACGGGGAGCGUUGAUCCCAGACGACGUCACCAUGUGCUUGACCCAGAACUACUUGUACGAGCACAAUUGGUUCAACAAGGUCUCCAACUGGGUCAUCCACGGGUUGCCCAGAACACGGGCACAGGCAAUUGCCUUGGACAGGAUUCUCGACGGCAACGCUGCGGGCGCCAAUGUGGCCAUUGAGUUGAAUGUGGACCAGAAACUCAUUCUCGAUCGCAUCGAGAACAGGUGGGUGCACCCACCCUCUGGCAGAGUGUACAACUUGAAGUACGACCCGCCCGAGGUGCCUUUCAAGGAUGACAUCACGGGGGAGCCGUUGAUCAAGCGGCCAGACGACAAUGCCGAGUUGUUCAGGCUGCGCUUGGAACAGUAUAACGAAGAGAUCGAGCAGGUGCGGCUGUACUACCAGCGGAGGAACAUCUGGCACGAGGUGGAGGGCAAGUCGCUGGAUAUUUUGUUUCCGAAGAUCAAAGAUUUGCUUGUGAGGAAGUUUGGACAGGCCUAA